UCUACACGUUGACGGCACUGCACGAUAACGGCAUUUCCAAUGUCGUACACGUUUUUUUCUCUAUGACCUACCUGGAACAGGUAGACUGGGAAAGUUGUUUUGAGACCGUCGCUGGCUGUGCGCACAGGUAAACUGAACUGAACUGCUAUCCUGGACUGUGCAUCCGUGACCCGGCAGAGUCCACAAUCACCGGGUGCCAGAAAUCACUAACUAACUGAAGGAGAGGAACUGGGUUAGAAAACUGCAGUAGAAGUGCUAGCACUGCCUGUGUGCCAAAGCGACCCUGGGGAUCUACAACGGCGCACCCAUGCGCCGAAUUCUGAACUCCUUUGCCCCAUUGAGGGUCUCGCUGCUCGGGAUCUUAGUUUUUGGAUUCCUGGAACAAGCAAGCUCUGAAGGAGGUUGUGUUUGCUCUGGGAAAUCUCUAUGCCACUGUGAUGGAGUCAAAGGCAGUAAGGGUGAGGCGGGGUAUCCUGGCUUUCAAGGACUUCCUGGAGUAAUGGGUUACCCAGGAAAUGAAGGCUCUUCAGGACCCAGAGGCCCUAAGGGCGAAAUGGGUUUCCCUGGAUUCCCUGGACCCAAAGGAUCACGGGGUCUGUCGGGAAAGCCAGGAUUCUCAGGACCGCCAGGACAACCAGGUAUCCCCGGGAAUGAGGGGCCGAUGGGGCAGCAAGGUAUCCCAGGAUGCAAUGGCACCAAGGGUGACAGGGGAUUCCCAGGACCGCCCGGACUUCCUGGAAGAGACGGAUUCCAAGGUCAGCCGGGACUGCCAGGACUGAAGGGUGAAACAUAUUAUACUGAAUACGCACAAGAAGUGAAAGGACGACGAGGCUUUCCUGGAGUAGAUGGAGAACCAGGCACACCGGGGCCAGGAGGACCACCAGGGCCCCCAGGACCAAUGGGGCCCCUGGGACGCCCCGGGACACCUGGUUUUCAAGGGCUACCUGGAGAGAAGGGUCUGGAGGGCCGUAGCACUGGGACACCUGGACGGAAAGGUGAAAAGGGUAGUCAUGGACCACCUGGUACGCCUGGUGUGAAAGGUGUGAAGCUCUAUGCUUCAGGGCCUAAAGAACUAAAGGGAGAACCAGGAGAUGUUGGGCCAAAUGGUUACCCAGGACAGCAGGGGUUCACCGGAGCCCCCGGAUAUCAGGGCAUUAAAGGAGACCAAGGAGAACCUGGCGGUCCGGGGAAACCUGGGAAGGAAGGCACGCCAGGAGCCUAUGGCUUACAGGGGGAGGGAGGUAUGACGGGUCCCCCAGGCCCUCCAGGGAUUGACGGGCCCCCGGGGGAAAAAGGUGAUCUUGGUCCCACUGGUCCUCCAGGAGAUGUGGUCCAUAUCACCAACGGGAUCAAAGGAAGUCAAGGGGUGCCUGGAUCCCCUGGUCCGUCAGGUCCAACCGGAACAGCAGGUCCACCUGGGUUUCCCGGGAUGAAAGGCGAACCAGCGGAAAACAUCAUUGGGCCUGACGGUAAGCCUGGGGCCCCUGGCAUUCCUGGUCGGAAAGGAGAGAAGGGGGAUCCUGGCCCCUCAUAUCCAGGCCCUCCUGGCCCAGACGGACCCCCAGGAGAUCCAGGGACAAAGGGUUUCCCUGGACCAAAAGGAAAAGCAGAUAUGACAUUGGGUAAAGGAGAGCGAGGACCUCCAGGAAGAAAGGGCAUGCAGGGCCCAUCAGGACCCAAAGGUGGCAUGGGAUUUCCGGGUGACAAGGGAGAGUUAUGCUAUGUUUGCGUUGAUCGUGGACCAACUUUUGGACCCAAGGGUCCGAAGGGAGCUCCUGGUCCACCUGGGCAAUCAGGAAGGCCAGGAUUCACAGGACUAAAAGGCGAUCAGGGUGUGAUCGGAUUGCCUGGUUCCCCUGGGUCACAGGGCUCAACUGGAAACCCUGGUGUGAAGGGUGCUGCAGGGCCUAGUGGGGAAACUGUUAUCGGGGUGCCACCACAUGAGAAGGGUGACCCUGGAGAUCGUGGAGCGUUUGGUCCCCCUGGUCCAGAAGGAAUAGAUGGAGCCUCAGGCCUCCCGGGUCCGAGUGGUUUGCCAGGGGACAAAGGAGAGCCGAGCAAAGGGGAGAAGGGGGGUCGUGGCCCCCCAGGAUCACCUGGGCUUCCAGGCCGCCCGGGGCCCGUUGGCUCCCAGGGUGCCCUUGGGGUGGGGCCCCCUGGCCCUCAGGGACCCAAGGGGAACACUGGAGUGCUGGGUCUGCCAGGUGCACCUGGAGAUGCAGGCGCAAAAGGGGAGCCAGGAGCCACAUUUACCACACCAGGGGAUGUUGGUCCUCCCGGGCCUAAAGGCCAACCUGGUCAACCAGGGACCCCAGGAAGUCCUGGCAGUCCUGGUCUUCCAGGUUUCCCUGGUCUAUUUGGCGUCAAAGGACAAAAGGGUUACUCUAUACAAGGCCCUCCAGGAAAUAUUGGACCCAAAGGUGAGGAAGGUGAGAUAGGGCCCGCAGGCCCGGCAGGGUAUGGUAGUCCUGGACGCCCAGGACCCUCCGGACCUCCUGGGAUGCCAGGGAAAGAGGGCGAGCGAGGCUUUGGCCCCAUGGGGCUGAAAGGCCGUCCGGGAGCCCAAGGGGAUGACGGGCCUCCUGGGCCUGUGGGUGACUCAGGGCCCCCUGGCUACCCAGGCCAUAAAGGAGACCCCGGAAGAAAUGGUAGCCCAGGAGAAAUGGGGUCUCCUGGAGGAAGUGGACCUGAGGGUCCAAAAGGUUUUCCUGGGAACUGUACGGCUGGAGGCGCAGGAGCUCCGGGAGAGACUGGCCCCAGAGGUCCUCAGGGUCCCCCAGGUCCAACAGGAGAACGAGGUAAUCCAGGGUAUCCUGGUCCCCCAGGCAAAGGUUUCCCAGGGAACCAGGGCCAGUUUGGAAUCCCAGGGUUUCCUGGAAUACCUGGUCCCAAAGGUGCAACUGGACUAAAGGGCUUCAGGGGUGAAGAUGGCAAACAAGGAAGACCAGGCAGUCGGGGAAACCAAGGAAGUCCAGGCCCAGUUGGGCCACCAGGACCAAGUGGCAACCCUGGACAAGAUGGGCCACCUGGACCUCGAGGCCAGCCUGGUAUCGAUGGCGCAAUUGGAACCCCAGGUCUCCGAGGUCAACCUGGAGACAGGGGGGCUCUAGGACUCAAAGGGGAGGACCGGACUGUGCCUAUGCCAGGGGACAACGGAGAUCCAGGGCCAACAGGUCCUCCUGGUCCUACUGGAGACAGAGGUGCGCCGGGCGCUGUGGGAUUCGAUGGAAUCAAUGGCAAAAACGGGUUACCAGGAAGCACUGGCCCACCAGGUCCCAUCGGUGAUCCUGGUGCAGAUGGUUUGCCGGGAUCUCCUGGUGUAAAUGGGGAUAGUGGGUCUCCAGGACUGAUUGGCUUUCCAGGUAUGAAUGGACAGAAAGGUGAAAAAGGCUCCUCAGGCUCAGAGGGACCAGCAGGAGUUCCAGGACAGAAGGGGAUCAAAGGCCCCAAAGGAAGCACAAGCCCACCUGGACCAGGUUCCAAGGGCCAGAAAGGAGAAAGGGGGGAUUCGGGGUACCCUGGCGGGAGGGGGCUGAGAGGCCCCAAGGGCUCUUCAGGGGGAUCCGGUCGUCCUGGCUUCAAGGGGUUGUCUGGAGAGAAAGGUGUUACUGGGCUACCAGGACUGCCAGGUCCUCCAGGACGGGGCGGAGAGAAGGGCAGCGAUGGCCCUCCAGGUUCUCGCGGCCUUCCGGGACCAGGUGGCCUCCCAGGGACGGACGGCCGGCCAGGGGACCCAGGUCCUCCGGGGGUCAGAGGGAACCAAGGCAGGGAUGGGAUUCCAGGGCCAGCAGGAGAGAAGGGCGAUAUAGGGGCGGCUGAAUAUGGCCCCUCAGGACCAGAGGGACCAAAGGGGAUAACAGGUAUGGUGGGAGAUGUGGGUUUUCCAGGCCCCUACGGUCCCCUUGGGCCAUGGGGUGAAGUAGGAGACACAGGACUCCCAGGACUCGUAGGCCCCAGGGGGCCAACCGGCCCUCCAGGCCUUGAAGGGCGCUGUGUGGAUGGGCCCAAAGGAGACAGGGGCCCCUGUGGACCACAUGGACCUCCAGGACCCAAGGGCUCACAGGGUCCCCAGGGGCCCACAGGACCUGGCCCCAAAGGAGACAAUGGGGAGAAGGGCUUCCCAGGACCGCCAGGUUAUACCGGGUACAAAGGAGACACCGGACAGCCAGGCAUACCAGGAUCGCCAGGACGCCCAGGGUUUAAUGGCGAUAAAGGGGCCAUGGGGAGAGAAGGUGAUCAGGGACCCGCUGGUCAGAAAGGAGUCGCUGGGCCUUCAGGACAACAAGGAUGUGCUGGGAAAAAAGGAGACCCUGGAACUAAAGGUGUUCGAGGACCAGAUGUGUUCAAUGAAGUGAUACUGUUGCCAGGAGACCCAGGUCGACCUGGACCCCCAGGAUUAAAGGGCGAAGCAGGAAGACCGGGAGAACCGGGACCAGAUGGACGGCCAGGACCGUGCAGUACAAAAGGCUCCCAAGGUAGACCAGGAUUCCAGGGCCUGCCUGGAUAUCCAGGGCCAAAAGGAGACAAAGGAUUUCCAGGCAUGCAAGGUCCUAAUGGCUUCCCAGGUCAGAAGGGUCAGAGGGGCAUUAAGGGGAUUCGUGGCCCGGUGAACGGCAAUGUAGCUGGCGAUGGCUUCCUGUUCACCUACCACAGUCAGAAGGCCACGCCAAACCCCUGCUGCCCUCGCGGCACCAAGCAGCUCUACACUGGCUACUCGCUGCUCUUCAUCAAUGGCAACAACAGAGGGCAUGGACAAGAUCUAGGUACCAUGGGCAGCUGUCUGAUGCGCUUCUCCAGCAUGCCUUUCCUUUUCUGCAAUACGGACAACACGUGUCGCUACGCCUCUCGAAACGACUACUCCUACUGGCUCUCCACUGACCAUCCAAUGCCUAGUGACAUGGCCCUAAUCUCUGGCACUGCACUGGAGAACUACGUAAGCAGGUGUGUUGUGUGUGAAGCCAAGACAAACAUCAUCGCUGUGCACAGCCAGACGAGUGAGGUCCCAGACUGCCCUUAUGGUUGGAUCGACCUGUGGCAGGGAUACUCUUUUGUCAUGCAACUGGGCGCUGGAGCGGAGGGGUCAGGGCAGCCCCUGGCGUCCCCUGGCUCUUGCCUGGAGCACUUCCACAGGAUCCCCUUCAUCGAGUGCCACGGCCGCGGCACCUGCAACUACUACACCGACUCCUACAGCUACUGGCUGGCAUCUCUUGACCCCAGCCGCAUGUUCAGUAAACCAUCUCCGCAGACAGUGAAGGACACCCCUGGCAACCUUAUCGGCCGCUGUCGAGUCUGCAUGAAGAACUAGUCCAGGGCUAGAGAGCAGAGGCACUGCCCUCUGUAACAGACUUACACACAUAUGAUCCUGGCACCACCAUCUGUGCCUUCUGUCAUGCAACCUGAAGAUGGACUCGUCUGACCCUGUGGUGCUAAAUGUGACAAACCAGCUGAUGAUCAGCUCUCGGAGUUCAAACACUGAUUUUUUUCUUCUCGGUCUUUCCUUUUUCUCAGUCUUUGGUCUUGGUCUAUUGCCUUCUCUGCCUUUUUUGUACUCUUUCAGGCAAACUAUUAGAAUAUUAACAGUAUGCAGCUAGCUGAGUUGUAGAUGUCAUUGGUACUUUUUAAAAACCCUUCUGAAAGUUUAAAAAAACAAAUAGGCUAGAGUAUAGCAUAAUGGGACACUUGUCAUACAUUUAUUGCAGUUGCUUCUCUUGCUUUGGCUCUUAAGCUGACAUUGGCUUCUGUGUGUAUAUUGGUCUUGUUUUGUUGUAAAUUCAAGUUCAAUUUUUUUUUUAUUACCAUUGCCAUUUUUGUAACAAUUGGUCUCAUGUAGCAACAUUCUCUUGAAUUUCUCUUACGUUUUCUCUCUGCUGUCAACCAACACCAUUCCCCCUGAAGCCCUCAAAGUAUGACGAAAAUGUAACAACUACUGUGGGAUCUCCUUACUUUCCGUUUCCAGCAAGAUCCUCAAGACCGAGUCAUUCUCAGUUGUUUACAGGAAGCUGUAGACAGAAGGCACCGUUACCAGUCAGCAACAUUCAGGAAAGUUCACUCACGUACAGACCACAUAGGAGCACUACACAUGCAGUAAUCACCGAACAAUCUGUGGAAUGGAACUACAUAUGUCUGUAAUGGAACUAUAAUGUCACUACACAUCACCUUCGUCGACUUUUAGAAAGCAAACAGGACACCACUAUUCCACCUACUACUACUACUACAACUACUACUACUGCUACUACUAAUACUACUAUGGACUGCUACGGAAAUUCCACCAAGAUCACAAACGUAAUCAAGAAUUCAUACGAAGAAACUCCAUGCAGUCAUUCACGCAGGCCAACUCUCUAAAGCUUCAAUGUCAGGAUUGGCGUCUACUAUCUCCAUUCCUGUUCCUCCUGCAGUUGACUAGAUCAUGAGGGAAACAACUGAGGGGAGAAAAUUGAAAAUUGUGAGAGCACCUGGAUGACCUUGAUGACCUUUGUGGACGAUAUACUGUAUAACAGAUGCAAGGAAAGACAGACAAACUCUCACAAGCUGCAUCGAAAUGUAGUCUGACACUCAAUACAGCAAAGGUCACUAAGAUCCAUUCCGAAUCCAGCAACCCCAUCCGUAUGCACAACACUGCCCUCAAGGAGGUGGAGGCAUUCACAUGCAGGUGAAACUCGAAAAAAAUUGAAUAUUGUGCAAAAUUUCAUUUAUUUCAGCAAUUCCACUUAAAAAGUGAAACCUAUAUAUUAUAAAGAGUCAUUACAUUCAUAACAAGAUAUUUCAAGCCUUUAAUUUGUUAUAAUUUUUGAUGAGUAUGGCUUAAACUGUAGCUUAUGAAAACCCCAAAUUCAAAAUCUAUUAGAUUACAUGAAAUUAAUGAUAAUAAUAAAAAAGAACUUUAAAUAAAGAAUUGUCGGCUCUCUGAAAAGUAUAGUCAUGCACAUGUACUCAGUACAUGUACUUGAUUUGGGCCCCUUUUGGAUGAAUUACUGCCUCAAUGUGGCACGGCAUGGAUGCUAUCAGCCUGUGGCACUGCUGAGGUGCUAUGGAAGACCAGGAUGCUUCGAUAGCAGCCUUCAGCUCUUCUGCAUUGUCCGGUCUCAUGCCUCUCAUCUUCCUCUUGGCAAUACCCCAUAGAUUCUCUAGUCUAGGGGUUCAGGUUUGGCGAGUUAGCUAGUGGGCCAAUCAAGCAAUCCUAUGGUCAUUGAACCAGGUUUUGGUACUUUUGGCAGUAUGGGCAGGUGCCAAGUCCUGCUGGAAAGUGAGGUCAGCAUCUCCAUAAAGCUUGUCUGCUGAAGAAAGCAUGAAGCGCUCUAAAAUGUCCAGGGACCUUGGUUUCCAAAUGAGAAAAGAGGAUGUUGGAUCACUGAGCAACAGACCCGUUUUUUUCUCUUUAGCCCAGGUGAGACACUUUUGACAUUGUUAGUUGUUCAGAGGUGGAUUGAUUAGUGCGGUGGCUCUUGACGCAGUAACUCCAGCCUCAGUCCACUAUUUUCAAAGCUCCCCCACACUUUUGAUGGCCUUUUCCUGACAAUAUUGAACCUUUUCACAAUAUUUUAAUUUCCUGAGAUUUUGAAUUUGAUGUUUUCAUAAACGAUAUAACAAAUAAAGGCUUGACACCUUUAAAGUUGAAUUACUGAAAUAAAUGAACUUUUGCACAAUAUUCACAGUUUUAGCUUGUGGACACCAACGAAGGGACAGAGGCUAACAUGAAAAGAAGGAUCAAUAAGGCAAGGAUGGUGUUUAACAUGCUCAGGAAAAUCUGGAGCUCAAGAAACAUCUAAAUUAACACCAAACUAUGUAUCUUCAACUCCAAGGUGAAGCAGGUGUUACUGUAUGGAUGAGAGACAUGGAGAACAACUAACAGACAAUAAACAGGCUGCAUUAACACCUGCCUCAGGAGAAAUCUGGUGGAGAGUGAGAAAUGUGGACCUGUGGAAACAACAAGCCAGGAUCCCAUUGAUUUGUAAAUGCUAUGUUGGAUUGGGCACACACUGACAAAACCUGCCGCAAACAUCACAUGACAAGCCCUGCAAUGCAACCCCCAAGAAACAAGGAAAGGAGGUCGACCCAGGAAUAGCUUGAGGAUAGAUGUCCAAGCUGAAAUGACCAGGAGUGGGCUCAACUGAGGCAAUCUAGACAGAACCAUCAACACCUGAGAGAGAUGGAGGACCUUCGUCAACGGCCUGUGCGCCCUAGAGGAGCAAAGGGCUUAAGCUAAGUCAAGUAGCUUUGCAGAUGUAGAUAGCCUACAUUGCUGGUGCUAGAAGCUCAAUCACAGAGUCAAGCUCAAAUAAAAUGUCUACAAAUUUACAAGAAACAUUUAUGACUGCCCUUUAACGCCCGUAGGGGGCGCUGCAAUUGACAUAUUUUAGGAUAUGCAUGUGCCAAUAUCUUGUGAUGUAAAGUUUACAAAAAUUGACAUACUGAAUAACUACCCCAAUCUUUGCAUGCACUGAUGCACACCACAUGUUGUAGAAUUCUGUCCACAAGGGGUGCUGCAACUACAUUUCAAUAUCGUUUUGGACCAGAAUGAUCACUUGUGAAUGUGAUGCCCACACAAAUAACACACACGUACACAGACAUGCAGACAAACACGCAGGUAUACGCAUAAACACAUAUAUACACACAAAAAUGUAGACAUACUGUAGGCCUACCACAUAGCAGUGCAUAUAACAUGACCACGGCGCAAUGGUAGAAGUAUAUUUGAGCAAUAUAAUUUAGAUACAGACAUACAUUUGAUGUUACCAAAGAACGCUUUUUCUGUUUGUGCAUGCUUGUCUUGUGAGGUAGUGCACGUUUGUGACCUUUUAGAGUAUAUGAGAAUAUGUGUGGCUAUACAUUUACAUCUUGUCAAAUGUAGAAUUUGGGCUUCAGCAAUCAUUGAACAACCAAGGGGAGACUGUGUAGGCCUAAGACUUGUGGUUUACGAGAGUUACAAGAGAAAGGAAUGGAGAGAAAUUGACUAAAAUAAAUAAGAGAAAAUCUUUUUCAGGUACGGCUUUUUGCAUGAGGCCAGUGUUGGCAAAGAAAUACAUACACAAGAAUUGGCAAAUCUAACUAAAUAGGUAAAUAAGUAUAAAAACUAGCACACACACACUCACAACCAUACUAAUUUCUUUCUAGGAGACGUACUGUAUUAAAGUCUGGUGCUAUGGAAAAAUUAGAUUGUCUCUUUUUUAUGUAUGUAUAUAUGAAAUGCCUAUAUUUAUAUAAAAACAAAUCUUAAAUCAAACCAAACCACGUUGACCAAAUGUUUAGAAAAUGAAUAAAACCGUUCAAGUUAUAUUCAACAUCUCAAGUUUCAGGCUGCUCGGAAUGCCGCUCAAUGCGCUUUGGCUUUGGGCAGGAAGUCAUGUCGUACUUAAACAAAAAAAUUCAGGUUCUGGUUUCACCAACACCUUCCAGAACAGGAACAAAACUGCCUGAUAUUCCAGAAAAGAUAAUCUGCAUAACUACGGCCAGAAAGCCUAUUCAGCAGUAUAAAGACAGCCUGUGUCUGGCUACUGACUGAAGACAUGUUCAGCGUGGAGAGAAAAAAAUAUUUGAUUUCAAGAACAGUAUGUGUUUCUGAAAGUGUUCCUCUGGCACUUCAUGUGCAAUUGUUUUCACUGUUUUAUAGAUAUAGAUUUUUAGCUGCUGUAAUUUUUAUUUUAUAAAACAAACAAUGCAAUAUACUGUAUGACAUGGUAGGUUGCAUGAGAGGUGAAGCUGUAUUUUAAGAAAGGCAUUCAACUGCUAAAAGAGGUACAAGAUGGUGUGGUGUUGAAACCAAUUUGGGUGUAGUUGGCCCAAAUAUCAUCAAGGACAACAUAUUACAAGAUAUUUGGAGCCAUUACUUUUUGAUGAUUUGUCCACUGAUAGGUGUAUGACAUCAGGGUCAGCUCAACUGAACCUUUGGGAUAUUAACUGGAAUUUUCAGACAGAAUGCCUCAUACAUAGAGUUGUUCAGCAGUUCUCGAUUUCAUAAUGGUGCUUAGUUUUACCUAACAAAACCUUUUAUUAAUUUGCAUCUACCAUAAAUGUUUUUAUUUUAUUUUAUUUUAUUUUAUUUGCCUCUUAGCCAAAUCUGUGCUCCUGUGUACACUGAAUUUUGAACAUUAUAAAACAUCUGACUGCUGCCUGUCAUUCUCAGUAAA